AUGUUUUUCGACGAAGAUUUAAUUAACGACCCACAGUUAUCGAAAGCGUGGAAAGCUGCACAUAGUGUAAACUUACCUAAUAAGACGUCAGAGGAGGGAAGCAUUUGCAAAUUAACGGCAAAAAUUACAGAGAGAAUUUCAGAAGAUCGACACAUACCUAAGGCCCGUCUCUCUUUGAGGACAGCUUCUUGCCUCGUCGAUGGGACUGUAAAAUUACACGCCGCCAGUCUAAAUAAGCUAAUGAAAGAUAAAGAUGUGCUUCAAUCGGAUAUAGAGUCGAAAUCAACAACGAACGAAGGCAACGAUCUAUCGGACACGCAAGAAGACUUCAGCCUACCAGAAUCUAAGACAGUCUCUACGAAUGACUCUGAAGAGAACCGGUCUGAGGAAGAGCCUGAAAUGGAUGCAACGACAAGUAAAGGUACAGAAGAUUCCCUUAAAUCUGAGGGAGAGGCACGAUCAACGAGUUAUGAUGAUUCGCAUCCACCAAGCAAGAGACGACGUGAAGAACACUCGGACGCGCGACAUGAUCGUGAAGAGGAGAUGAGCCGAGAAAUACAAGCAAUACUCUGUGAUGAUAGCAAUUCUCUCACCGUAGAGUUGCGGUUUCCCAAACCAAAAUUCUUUGAAGCACCUUCUCCGCUGUUCGUUACGUCAAGUACACUUCUGAUGCAAUCUCCCUGCUUGCAUUUCAUCUCUGAAAAGCGAGAUGCAAUAAAACUGUAA